AGAAGAUUAUACGUGUUAUGUCAGUUGUAAUCAGUAAAUCAGUCAAAAUGGUCCGAUUUUUAUUAUAUAUCGUAGUUUUGGCGAUUUUCGGGCUCACCCAUGCAGCACGAGUAAUCAGGUCACCACAAUUUGGCUUCGGGCAAGCCAGUGCCAACGCGCAGGCUGGAUCUUUCGGAGGUGGCUUUAACAAAUUUGGUCCACCACCACCACCUGGUCCACCAGGAUUUGGUGGACCAGGUUUCGGCCCUAGAGGCUUUGGUCCAGGAGGUUUUGGCCCUGGAAGUCACGGUCCCGGUUUUGGACCUGGAGGUUUUGGCCCUGGAAGUCGCGGUCCCGGUUUUGGACCUGGAGGAUUUGGCCCUGGAAGUCGCGGCCUUGGCGGUGGAUCUUUAAGUAUAUCUAAGAGUGUGAGCAUUAGUGCUGGACGCGGUGGUGCCUCUCAAGCGAGUUCAAAUGCUAAUUCCUUCGGAAAGUAAUGGAAAAUAAUAUUAAGUUUUUUUUAUACGACCAUAUGUUUGCAAUAAAAUGUUUCGAUUAUUA